GGUAAAGGGUGCGAAAUGCACCUCAGUCACAGCACGCACGCGCAUCACAGAUCAUCACGCUUUCGGUUAUCUACUAGCCUUGCCUGGCUUUCCCAUGGUUACUAUGGGAUCUCCCUGCAGAAGAUUGGCUGUGGUGCUGCGGCUAUACUAGCGGAGGUGGUGGCAGGAACCGGGUACCGGGUUCCGUGCAGCAUGGACCGGCUGGCUCCUUAUAGAGGUGAUGCCUUUGAUAAACCUCCUUGCCGGGGCUGUUCUUCUUAUCUUAUGGAGCCAUAUGUUAAAUGUGCGGAUUGUGGCCCCCCCGAAUUUCUACUUUGCUUACAGUGCUUCUCAAGAGGAUUUGAGUAUAAGAAACACCAGAGUGAUCACAAUUAUGAGAUCAUGACUUCUGAUUUUCCAGUUCUUGAUCCCAGCUGGACAGCACAGGAGGAAAUGGCUCUUCUAGAGGCUGUAAUGGAUUGUGGCUUUGGAAACUGGCAAGAAGUAGCUAAUCAGAUGCGCACAAAGACAAAAGAAGACUGUGAGAACCACUAUAUGAAACAUUUCAUUAAUAACCCACUCUUUGCAAGCACUUUACUAAAUAUGAAACAAGCAGAAGAGGAGAAGAACGUGAACACAGCUGUUCCAUUUCAAGCUGCUGAGGACCCUCCAAGACCCACUUUCGAUUCUCUACUCUCUAGAGACAUGGCAGGAUAUAUGCCAGCAAGGGCAGACUUCAUAGAGGAAUUUGACAACUAUGCAGAAUGGGACUUAAGAGAUAUUGAUUUUGUUGAAGAUGAUUCAGAAGUUUUACAUGCUUUGAAAAUUGCAGUUGUAGACAUUUAUCAUUCCCGACUGAAAGAAAGACAGCGAAGAAAAAGAAUUAUAAGAGACCAUGGCCUUAUAAAUCUGAGGAAAUUUCAAAUUCUGGAAAGAAGGUAUUCCAAAGAUGUUCAAGAGCUGUAUGAAACAAUGAGGCGAUUUGGCAGGAUUUUAGGAGCAAUGAAACACGAUCGGUUUAUUGAAAGUCAUGCAUUGGAAUUUGAACUACGUAGGGAAAUCAAACGGUUACAAGACUACAGAAAUGCAGGAAUCAAAACAUUUUACAGUUCAAAAAUAUACGAUCGUUUAAAGAAGUCUCGGGAAGAAGAACGUUUAAAACGAACCAUGCUUUCUGAAGUCCUUCAGUAUAUUCAAGAUGGCAGUGCCUGCCAACAAUGGCUCAAACGACAAGCAGCCAUUGAUGCUGGCCUACAUCAAGUUGCACCUGUUGUUUCAAGUUCAGGUAGACGAAGUGCUCCUCCUUUAGACUUAACUGGACUUCCUGGAACAGAAAAGUUGAAUGAUAAGGAGAAAGAGCUUUGUCAGGUGGUGAGAUUGGUUCCAGGAGCUUAUCUGGAGUACAAAGCAGCACUAAUGAAUGAAUGCAGCAAACAAGGAAGCUUACGGCUGGCACAAGCUCGAGCACUAAUAAAGAUUGAUGUUAACAAGACUCGUAAAAUUUAUGAUUUCCUAUUACAAGAAGGCUUUAUCACAAAACCUCAGCCAUAACUAACAAUUGUUACAUUAUUAAGACAAUACAGUUUUUCAUCAGUGACAUUUCCUAAAUACUGUAUAGAUCUAUUUUGUUUGUCAACAGAGUAUUCCUAUGCCACUUUGGUUGCAACUUGACCUUUAUUGUAGAUAAUGUAUUGUUCUAGUACCUUGUCAGUCCAGUUCACUUGUUUAGUAUCCUUUUGUCAACCACUGUAUACUCUUUAAGCUCUUGGACUGUGUUUAGAAUGAUGUCCAGUAGAUUUGAAUAAUGUACAAUUCCUGUCUACAGCUCAUUCAAUGGGAAAUCCUACAUAAGUAGGUCUCAAAACAACCUAGAUUUUCUCUGCAAAAUACCUCCAAAGCUUUAUUGUGAGAACAUGAUCCUGAUUUUCUAAUAUUGUGUGAUAAUUGAUGUAUAAUAUACCUAUCAAGUUAAUGGUUUACAUGUAGUGGUUUUCAACAAUGGAGGAUCAUGUUCUGAAAGUUGGGAGGGAUGAACUUGGAUUCAUAUAGCAUCAAAUGCAGUUCAAAGUUGGUGUAUCCCGGAUAUCCUAUAACUGAAGAUCAGAUGUAGUAGAUACCAGUGGUCAAUUUGAAAUAGAGGGAGUUUUGCAUAACGUGAAUCAAGAUUAACAAAAUAGUUUAUAAUGUCUUAUGAGUAAACAAGCUAAAUGUUUUAACCAAUGACUAAACGUGUUUGCUGUCACUUACUGUUAUCAAUAUGGAUCCGUUUAUCAACGUCUCAAUAAAUAAUAUAUAUGUUGUGAAAA